AGUAUUGUGUUAUUUUCAUAAUACGGAUCUACAGCAUGUCUGGAAGAGGCAAAGGUGGUAAAGGACUCGGGAAAGGAGGCGCUAAGCGGCAUCGCAAAGUGCUCCGUGAUAACAUCCAGGGCAUCACCAAGCCCGCUAUCCGCCGCCUGGCUCGCCGCGGAGGAGUGAAGCGAAUUUCCGGGCUGAUCUAUGAAGAGACCCGCGGGGUGUUGAAGGUGUUCCUGGAGAAUGUGAUCCGGGAUGCCGUCACCUACACGGAGCACGCCAAGAGAAAGACCGUCACCGCUAUGGAUGUGGUGUACGCUCUGAAGCGCCAGGGUCGCACUCUGUACGGAUUCGGGGGUUAAAGAUUUGGACACAAGGACACGAACACAAAGGCUCUUUUAAGAGCCGCC